AUGUCCCAAACUUUCUAUAGACAGCAUCUGUGUGAUUGCACUGGAGCGAUGGCCCAGGUGGGGUCGAGCCUGAGGUCUCGUUUUCGUGGCUGUCUCCUCGGAGCCCUGGCCGGUGACUGCCUUGGCUGUCCCUAUGAGAGCGGCACUCUGCUGCCCAAGGGGGUCACUCUCAUGGAGAAUGUCGUGGAGUUCUUCCAGAGUUUUGACAGCAAACGUGGAGCCAGCAAGCUUACUUUCACCGAUGACACAGCCAUGGCACGGUCAGUUGCUGAGUCUCUCAUUCACUGCAAAGGCAAAUACAAUGCUAGGGAUAUGGCACGCAGAUUUUCGGAGGAGUAUGCCAGAGAGCCGGGGCGCGGCUACGGUGCUAACGUCAUAGAUAUCCUUCCUGCUCUCGGUGACCCGAACACCGAGGACAUCUAUGCCCCGGCAAAGACGCAAUUUGACGGCAGUGGUUCCUACGGUAACGGCGGAGCCAUGAGAAUAGCGCCGGUCGGUUUGUGCUCAAGCGAGAACUUGGAGAGAGUGAUUGAGAUAGCCCGCGAGAGCUCCAAACUCACCCACGCCAACAAGCUGGGCUACAACGGCGCGGUCCUGCAGGCCUGCGCUGUCCACUCGGCCCUGCACUCCGACCCGGUGACCUUUGACACCACAUCAUUCCUGGACGGGCUGCUCCGAGUCAUGGACAGAGUGGAGGGAACGGACGAUCUGUACGCCGGCAAGCUGCGAGAGAUGAAGAAAAUGCUGGCUUCAGACCCCAGCACUGAGGACGUCGCCAAAAAAUUAGGUAACGAAAUAGCCGCACACAGGUCUGUGCCUGCCGCUGUGUACUCUGUCCUGAGGUGCCUCAGACCGGUCCAAGGGAUCCCCACCGACAACCGCCUGGAGAGAACCCUGAUCUACGCCAUCUCGCUGGACGGCGACACGGACACUAUCGCUUCCAUGGCCGGGGCCAUCGCUGGCGCCCUCUAUGGCAGGGAGGAGGUACCGGAGGCGUGGCUGGAGGCCUUGGAAGCAACGGCCGAUGCCCUAAGACAGGCCGACCAGCUGUUUGACAUUAUGCAGGGGGAGGGCGGGAGGGGCGAUCAGAAGUAGCCUGCAUGAGAAGCCUGGACUGUUGUGUGUGGCGUGCCACACGAGGGACAAUACGCACCACGCAUGGUCACGGGUUUCCGCACGGGUAAAAAAAGUUGUACAUUUAUGUACUGGUUUCAAUGGGACAAUUUACACUGUGCAAACAUACACACCACAAGCAGGCAUGCAACUGGGAAGUCACAAAAAAGAGGAAAUUCAAAUUUUUCCCAAACUUUGUACAGUGUUUUUUCUAUUUUCAGUGGCACACAUGGGAAGUAAAAAAAGAGGAAAUCAUCUGAUCCGAGGAAAAGUUGCAUGCCUGCACAAGGUAGAGCGAUAGACUACUGUGCUUAGAACUUAGACAUUUUAAAGGGAAUGUACAACAUUUGCUUUUGCUGCAAUUUUCAGAAAUAAAUGGAUUUGGAGGAUAAGUAUGUUAUAGCAAAUAAUUGUUAAACUGAGUUGCUUCACGUUUUUUGGUUCGGAGAUGCUGGAAAAUCCAAGAAAACCAAGCAUGAUUUUGUUGUCUGGUUCCCUGACCCCACGUUGGAUGAA